AUAUAUGUGCCGUGACAAAAAUAUGUUAAUUAUAUAUGAAUUUUGCAGUCGCCGAUCUGCGUUUGUAUUCGAAAAAGAUGCAGAUGCAGAGGAAGAAGACGCUCAUGGGUAAGAUGGGACACAACCAUGACAUUACCUUCAUGCCUCGCGAUUUCAAUUACGACAAUCAUCAUUACCAGUAUCUCAAGUACACUAAACGCGGCAAAGAUCUCGCUAUUGCGAACAAAUAUGAUGACAAGCAUCUGAGUAACAAAGUCACGGAUAAACCCCAGUCACCGUUUAAAGCAAUAUACAACGUUCAGUUACCGUCCAGAAAUACCGAUUGCCCAUCGUCAUCCAAGCCUGCAAUGGCUAACCGUCUUUUGGAUUGGUUCUCUGUUGUGAUGAUGGAUUCCAAGCAUCGCCGUCUGCAUCUUAAGUCUAAAAGUCACUUCCCUAUCGGUUGUCAGAGCGAGGUUAGAUGGAUGUUUGGACAUUUGGACAGUGACAGCGAUAGCCGACUUUCACUCUCCGAAUUAUAUGGUCUGGAACAUGAUCAGAAUGAACCGUGUUUGAAACCAUUUCUGGAUGGUUGCGACACAGACAGCGAUAUUUUCAUAAGCGGAUCUGAAUGGUGUGGAUGUUUCUCCAAAGCCGAACGUCCAUGUGCCGCUGUGCGCAGACGAUCAUCGCCGGAUUCUGCACCUGUUUGCGAUUCGCGAGGAUAUUAUCGUAGCACUCAGUGUCAUCAUGGUCUUGGUCUCUGUUGGUGCGUCGACCCGCACGGGGUUGAGUUUGCUGGUACCAGAAUGCGUGGUGCAAAACCUGAUUGCGGUAUGUUUAUUUAUGUUACUACACUUAGAUGAUAGAAUUAUUGAAAUAUAAACGUUCUCAACAUAUCGAGAAAAUAGUAAAAAACAAGUAAUAUAAUCCAUUAACUCUAAGAAUCGUGGAUGUAGAACGUUAUUGCACAUCAAAGUAUUAAAUGGGAUGUUUAAAGAUACACAUAUUAAAUAUAACUAAAAUAAUUUAUCUUCUAUUAAAAUUUGGUUAUCUUGCCACAAUUUUUUAAGUUUUAAAGUUAAAUGUCUUGAUACUAUACAAGGUGUGCCAGGUCAAAUCAAUGAGGGUCUUAUAGAAAAUUGAAUUUGGAACAAAAAAGUUACCAUAAACAUAGGUCCGGAAACACUUCGUCAAAAAAUUAUAGCUAAUGAACUUCGAAAAA